AUGUUCUCUCGUCUCACUGCUCUCGCUGUCUUGGCUCUGCCUCUCUUCGUCGCCGCGUCUCCCGCGACGACCACGACCGUCACCGGCGGUCAGUGCAACACCGGUUCCGCUCAGUGCUGCAAGUCCGUUCAGGAUCCCAAGUCCUCUGCUGUCCAGCAGGCUCUCGGUCUCUUGAACAUCCCUAUUGGCACCAUUACUGCCGGAGUUGGUCUCACUUGCGACCCCAUCACUGUCAUCGGGCUCGGUACGACUCAGUGUGCCAACCAACCCGUUUGCUGCGAGCAGAACAACUACAAUGGUCUCGUUGCUCUCGGUUGUACCCCCAUCAACGUUGGAGCUUAA